CCUGAGUCUGGUGCUGGCAUGAAUACCAAGGCGUCAUUUCUUAUAUCUUUAUGUCUCAUCUGGGAUUCAGGCACAGAUUAAAGAUUUGCCACUGACCUACCUAGACCCCAGCAGCACAACGUUGCGAUGUCAAGGGAUGCAUCUUGUCAAGGAGCUCAGCAAAGCGAAGCCGCCUCCCGAGGAUGCAAAGGAGCUGCUCAUCAUCCUCAUUGCCAGCAUAUUUGCCUUACCUCCGACUGAUGCCUUGCAAUGUCAAAAUGGGGAAACGGUCGAUGUGGAGGCAUUGUACAGCCAGAACAUGGAAGCUCUAGAAGCCAUGCUGAGAUCCCUGUUAAUAGAGAGACCCUACUCAACUGAGCUCCUUGUGCUCUUAGAUGUGAGCAACUGCACUUGCAUAGGUCCCAAGGACAGUCUGCUUAUGCAAGCAAAGAAUCCGCGUACAUUUUUAUUCUCCUUUCCAGAGGGGAGGGCGGGGGAGACAUAUGCCUAG